AUGACCACUCCAAAGAUCACGCUGUAUACCAACCACCGGUGUCCCUGGGCCCACCGUGCUCAUAUUGCCCUCAAAGAAUUGGGACUGAACUACGAGGAAGUCAUCAUUGACCUGACCAAGCCACGAGAGCCAUGGUAUCUGGACAUUAACCCGCGCGGCCUUGUCCCCUCGAUCACCUACGGUGAGCACAUCAUCACGGAGUCUGCCGUUGUUGCCCAAUUCCUGGCCGACGCCCAUCCGUCGCACCUCCUUCCUCCGUCCAACAGCGAGAACGGUGCCCUUCAACGCGCUCGUAUCGCCUUCUUCGUCGACACCUUCUUCAGCAAGGUCCAACCCCACUUCCAGACAUCCUUGCGCGCCUCCACCACAGAGGAGCGGGACGCUGCCGCUGAGGCGCUCGUCGCUGCGAUCAAAUCGGAACUGGAGCCUCAGUUGCCGGAGGGUUCCGAUGGCAAAGGUCCAUUCUUUGGCGGUAGCGAGAAACUGACGUUGGCCGAGGUGCUGACCGGUUCAUUCCUGCUGCGCAUUCUCUCCUUCCACAGACAUGGUUUGCUGAGUGAGAAGCUUCCUAGCUUGCUGGAGGACACGCCGCGGUUCAAGCGGUGGGCGGAAGCAACGGUGCAGCAGGACAGUGUAAACUAUAUCUGGGACGAGAAGGUAUCGGCUGAUGCGAUCAAGGCCAAGCUGGCGGCGCUUGCCAAGAAGUGA